AUAGCUAUCUGUACUGAGAGCCACGCAAAAUUACAAGAGGCACUCCUGGCUUGGAAACACCAGUUGCAAACCGGUGGCCUAGUGUUGAGUGUUGCAAAGACCCAGUACAUGUCCUUUAAUAACCCAAAUUCAAGCGACAACAGACCGAUUCCCAUCGACGGUCAACUAGUUACCAUGUGCGAUCAAUAUAAAUAUCUGGGAGGCAUGAUGCACAUUUCUGGGAACUUGGAAUGCAACAUUCAACACCGUAUAGCCGCAGCGUGGCAAAAAUGGCGAGAAUUGACUGGUGUUACUUGCGACAAAAGAAUGCCAGUGAAACUUAAGGGUUUGGUUUAUAAGUCCAUGAUAAGACCAGUCCUCAUAUACGGCAGUGAAACGUGGGCCAUAACUCAAAAGGACGUGCAUACCAUUCAAAGUGCUGAAAUGAAGAUGUUGAGAUGGAUGUGCGGCGUAACCAGGCUCGAUAAGAUCCGCAACGAGUUCGUGCGAGGUAGCCUCGGUGUGCGCGAUAUCGCUGAUAAGAUGCAGGAGAGUAGGCUGCGAUGGUAUGGUCACAUAAGGAGGAGGCCGCCGGACUACGUCGGUAAUUUAGCACUACAUCUUUCCCUUCCCGGACGCAGAUCCAGAGGUAGACCCAAAACUAGAUGGAAAGAUGUAGUGCUAAAAGACAUGAGUGAGUGCCAAGUCUCAGAUGAAGAUGUCGAGGACAGGGCGAGGUGGAGGAAACUGAUUGGAAAAGCCGACCCCAUCACCAUGUGGGAUACGAGCUAGGCAGAGAGAGAGAGA